AUGAGCUCAUCUGCCGGUACCGUUGUUGCCUUGUUAAAAACUCUGCCCGCACCUUCAAAGACAGAAAAGGUCGCUUUCAAAGUCCCAGGAACUGAUGUCGAAGCCGAGACCUGGUAUGCUCUGUAUGGAAAGCUCUCUAAAGAUGUCACUCCCCUAAUCUGUCUGCAUGGUGGACCUGGAAUGGCUCAUAACUACAUCCUGCCUUGCGCCCAUCUAUCCUCGGCACCUUUUUCACGCCCCGUCAUUCUCUACGACCAAAUUGGUUGCGGAAACUCGACACAUCUGCGCGAGAAGAAAGGAGAUACUGACUUCUGGACUACCGAUCUCUUUAUUGCUGAAUUGGAGAAUCUGUUAUCGCAUCUGAAUAUCAAGAAAUUCGAUCUUUUUGGCCAGAGCUGGGGCGGUAUGCUUGGAGCAGUUUACGCCACGACACGUCCGGCUGGAUUGUACCGUCUCAUAAUUGCAAAUUCUCCCGCAAGCUUGAUCACUUGGGUCGAAGUCGCCAACAAGCUACGAACAGAAUUGCCCAAAGACAUCCAGGAGACUUUGACGCGAUGUGAGGAGGAGGGAUCGACAGACUCAGAAGAGUAUGAGCACGCCAUGAUGGCUUUCUACGUGAAGCAUGUCUGCCGUGUCAUACCUUUCCCGGAUGAGCUGAAUCAAACCCUGGCCCAAGUCAAGGAGGAUGACACUGUUUACAUGACAAUGAACGGACCUUCCGAAUUCAAUGUCAUUGGUUCACUCAAGAACUGGGAUAUCACAUCCGAACUUCACAAGAUCAAUGUCCCGACACUGCUGAUCAACGGCAACUACGAUGAAGCUCAAGACAUCACCAUGGAGCCCUUCUUCCGUGAGAUCCCAGGCAAGGUCAAAUGGGUCCGUUUCCCGGAAAGCAGUCAUUGUCCUCAUCUCGAAGAGACAGAGAAGUUCGUCGAUGCUGUCGGCAACUUUCUGACCUCUGAGUCUUGA